AGCGGUGUGUAUUUUUGUAGCUUCCUCUUCUAACCCCUGCAAACAGGAGUAAGAGGGAGGGAGAAAGUGAAAGAGGGACGGGUGUUUGAGUGAUUAUGUGUUAAGGAGGUGCAGUGUGAUUGUACUAUGUGUGUGUGAAGAGGUACACAACUCUCUCUCUCUCUCUCUCUUUCUAAGGGCUUUACCACUCCAGCCAACAUCCUGAAACGGGCCGCUCUGUACUCGACCCCUCCUUUCUCCUCUUCUCCACACCAACGCAUGGACUCCAGCAGCUUGAAAAGAAGACAGCGAGGAAAGCAACUUUUCAGAAGAGGGAUAAAUGGUCGGAGGGAAGUCUGCCGUCGGUUUCCUGGACUGAGCUUGCAUGUGCUGGCCGACCGUUGGAGUUACAAUAGGAGGCAAUCCCCUUUUCCUGUAUGUGUUUUUUGUCUGCCCUCAUGAGAAACAGCAGGAGCAGAACCUGUGCUGUGGAGGACUUCUGGAUGCAAAAAGCGUAGAGAAGCUCAGGCCAAAUCAGGAGAGGAAAAGUGAGAAAACAGAGAGAGAGGAACAGCAGGGGUUGGACUGAAGACAAAAAGAAGACAGAGUCCACGUCUUGGGGGACAACUUAGUAAGAGAAAGAUUUAGAGGAAGAGGAAGCGCUCACCUGACCCACUUAUCGACUCUGCCAGGUGGACCAUUCCAUUCUCUUCUCUGCCUCCCCUCCCUCCCUCCCCAUCCCCUCUUUUCCCCCUGACAUGGGCCGCCGGCUGGCCCUGACCCUUGCGUACCUGGCCUACUUGCUGGCCACUGCGAUUGGCACAGAGCGCCAGAAGCACCACGUGCAGCACGGCCCCUGCAGCUACACCUUCAUCCUUCCUGAGGUGGAGAACUGUCACCCCCUCAAGGACUUCCAGGUCACCAACACCCUCCAGAGGGACUCCCCACCUGAGGACCAACCCGACACCGGCCAACAUAAGCAGGGCAAAGCUCAAAAAGACAGGCCUUCCUGGCAAGAGAAGAAGCUGGAGAGUCUAGAGAGCGCCAUGGAGAAUAACACCCAGUGGCUGCAGAAGCUGGAGAACUUCAUUCAGGAGAACGUACGCUCUGGGAUGGAGGAAAUGAAGAGAACUGCGGUCCACACCCAGACAGCCGCCAUGCUGGAGAUGGGAACCAACCUCCUCAGCCAAUCAGCAGAGCAGACUCGCAAACUGACAGACGUUGAGACCCAGGUGUUAAACCAGACCAGUCGUCUAGAGAUCCAGCUGCUUGAGUACUCGCUCUUCACCAACCGACUGGAGAAACAUAUUCUGCUGCAGACUCAAGAGAUCUCACGCCUCGGUGAUAAAAACAAUUUUUUGGAACAGAGGCUUCUGGCGCUGGAGGCUCGGUAUGGGAAAGAACUGCAAGGCUUACAGAGCGAAAAGCAGCAGCUUCAGGAGCUUCUGGAAAAGCAGAGUCGACUGGUCAGUCAGCUGCAGGGUGAACUGGGCAGCUCCACACACAACAGCUCCGUACUACAGAGACAGCAGGCAGCGCUCACGGACACCGUUCAGCAGCUGCUGGCUAUGGUCAGCAACUGCAAUGAAAUCUCCAAUACGCCCAAGAAGGAAACGCUUCAUUUCAAGGACUGUGCAGCUAUCCUGCGAUCUGGUGUGACGGAGAGUGGAAUAUAUAGCAUACGUCUGCACAACUCCACCCAAACUGUCAAGGUUUUCUGUGACAUGAAAACCAGAGGUGGAGGAUGGACAGUGCUGCAGCAUCGCAGAAACGGUUCCGUUGACUUCCAUCGUGGGUGGAGGGACUACAAAAUGGGCUUUGGAGAGCCGCAUGGGGAACACUGGCUGGGGAAUGAUAUCAUCCACAAGCUGACCAGCUCCCAGGAAUACAGCCUGCAUGUCCAGUUAAAAGACAGAGACGGGAACGAAGCCUACUCACAUUAUGAUCUUUUUUACAUAAACAGCGAGCACCGCAACUACAGCCUUCACGCCGAGGGCUUCAGUGGCACAGCUGGACGGACCAGCAGCCUUACCCACACCAGCACCCCGUUCAGCACCAAGGACAGAGACAACGACCGCUGCACCUGCAAGUGCGCACAACUCGCAUCUGGAGGUUGGUGGUUUGAGGCGUGUGGUCCCUCGAACCUGAAUGGCAUGUACUACCCCAGUUCAUCCAAUGUGGUUCGCUACAACGGUAUUAAGUGGUACUACUGGAAGGGUCCAAAUCUGAUGGCUACCAUGACAACCAUGAUGGUGCGCCCGGCCAGCUUCUGAAGACAAAGCCCGUUUACGACGUCCGACUACCAAUGAAAAUGUGACUACAAACAUUAUAACGAACAAUAUAAAGAAAUGUUAUAUUUUUGGUAGAAACUCAAAUGGCACUCUUGGUGGAUUUAGCUUCUGGACAUCCUCCUUAAUCAGAUGACUGGGGAAUUACAGCAAAAGACUGCUUUUAGUGAAUUCCUGAGUGCUGAGUUUCUCCAGUUAAAUCUAUUACAAAGGUCUAGAUCAUAUUCUAAUAAGGAAUGCUCUGUCGAGGUCUUGCCGGAGAUCAAAUUUUGCAGGAACACCAGUGAAUAAAAUCAAAUUAUGCAGUUCAGUAUGACAUUUACUCAACCCCAAAGUAAUGAAUAAAAAACGGAUUUACACAUUAAAGUAAUACCUAUUUUGAUAUUAAAAUAUGAAAAUAUAUGUUGUUACCAGUGUGUUUGUCUGUUUGUAAAUAGCAGUCAAAGUUGCCUCUUUUUUUUUUUUCUUUGCAACAGCUACAAACAUAUGUAUAGCUUUUUGAUAUUUACUGUAAAUGUCAAAAGUGCAAAUCGAAUAUUAAGGUAUGCCCAGCUUGUAACUUCAUUCCAAUAGCACUGCUGGACUGUAAAGCCAAAGUACACCUCUAAAGCUGUAGUACAAUCCAUACAUGUAAGAUAGCACACUUCAAUGGUUUACCACUGUUAGUAAAACAACACCAUAAAGAACAGCCACAACAACAGGCUUUGCCCUUUGCUGUAUCUUCCAAAGGGCUUUUCAGAAUGAAAUAUCCCCAAUUCUUUCCAGUCACACCUCUCAUAAAACUUUAUUUGUGAGAGAUUUUGCUCAUAAAAGUACAUCAUACACUUCCACUGGUGUGAUUUACUUUUAAAAAUGGGGCAUUUAUAAUAACAUCUGGGAACAAAACUGUAAAGUCAAUUUUUACUUUGUUAAAACAAUAAACUCAUAUAUGGUUUUUGGUACCUAUAAUCCACAGUGCCAGGUGCUUGUUUC